CUUUCCCAUGCUAGAGAGGCCGGGCCGGGCAGCCCACGGCCGGGCGGCGCGGGGGAGACGCGGGGAAGAGAGGAGGAGGGAGGCACGGCAGGCGCAGGGCCCGGAGCGGAGCCAGGACCACCCCUCUCAGCAGAAACUCAAGCAAAUGCUUCAGGUCCUCAUUCCUGUCUGCUGACCACACCAGGGUGACCAUGGCUCAACCCAGCUUCCAAGACUGAGGGGCAGAGGUGGUGAGAGACCUGUCUCAGGGUGAGGCCCCACAAUGGCAUCAAUGGAGAGUGUGUACUCUGUGGAGCCGAUGGGGGACGGUGCCAGCCCCACCUGGCCGGCCGCGCUCAGCCUGCUGGACGCCCUGGGGAACAGCACGGAGGAGCAGUGCUUCAGCGCCCGCUCCCGCAGCACCGUCCUGGAAGGGCUGCCCUUCGGAGGGGUGCCCACGGUGCUUGCCAUCAACUUCAUCCUCUGGCUGCUUCUCCUCUUGGUCUUCUCCUGCCUUCGGAAAGCAGCUUGGGACUAUGGGCGCCUGGCCUUGCUGAUGGACAAUGACAGUUUGACGUCGCUUUUCUACGGAGAGCAGAGCGAGAAGGAGAAGUCCCCAUCAGAGAGCAGCCCUCUGGAUGUUGACAACAAGGACAUGGGAUUCUGCUCCUGGCUCAUUUCUAUCUACCAGAUGAAGGAUGAGGAGAUUCAGAGCAAGUGUGGAGUCGAUGCCACCACCUACCUCUCCUUCCAGCGGCACCUCCUGGUUCUGCUGAUGCUGGUCUGCAUGCUCUCUGUGGCUGUCAUCCUGCCUGUCAACUUCUCGGGGGACCUUCUGGGACACAAUCCUACCCACUUUGGACGGACAACCAUCGCCAACAUCCCAACACAAGACCGUCUCCUGUGGCUGCACAGCAUCUUCGCCCUCAUCUAUUUCAUCCUCACCAUCCUCUGCAUGGCUCACCACUCUGUCCACCUUGAAUACAGAGAGAAUGAGAAGGUUGCCCGGACACUGAUGGUUACCCACAUCCCCAAGGAGAUCACAGACCCUUCCCUUAUCAUCAAGCAUUUCCAUGAGGCUUAUCCCAGCUGCACCGUCACCAACGUCCAGUUCUGCUUCGACGUGCGCAAGCUGAUGAAGCUGGAUGGGGAGAGGCGCAAGGCGAUGAAGGGACGCCUUUACUUCACCACCAAGGCGCAGAAGGAGGGGAAGAUCAUGAUCAAAACCCACCCCUGCGCCCGCCUCUUCUGCUGCCGCUUCUGUGGCUUUGAGCAGGUGGAUGCAGAGCAGUACUAUGGGGAGCUGGAGGAGAAGCUGACGGAUGAGUUUAAUGCCGAGCGCAACCGCAUCACGCUCAAGCGGCUCGACGUGGCCUUCGUCACCUUCCAGGAUGAGCGGAUGACAGCUGUGAUUUUGAAGGACUACAGCCACAUCCGCUGCCGCAAGCACCCCCAGCAGUCGUCUGUCACCACCGUGGUCAAGUCACACCAGUGGGGCAUUUGCUAUGCUCCUGCACCCAGCGAUAUCAUCUGGGAGAAUUUAUCCGUCCGUGGCACAUCCUGGUGGCUAAGAUUCAUUCUCCUUAAUACCUGCCUCUUCAUCCUCCUCUUCUUCCUCACCACACCAGCCAUCAUUGUCAACACUAUGGACAUGUUCAACGUCACACACCCUGUGGAGAGCCUGAAGAACCCUAUCAUCACCCAGUUCUUCCCCACACUGUUGCUCUGGGCCUUCUCUGUCUUCCUGCCUUUCCUCGUCUACUACUCAGCAUUCUUCGAGUCACACUGGACAAGGUCAAGUGAAAAUCAACUCACCAUGCACAAGUGCUUCUUCUUCCUGGUGUUCAUGGUCAUCAUCCUGCCCUCACUGGGGCUGAGCAGCCUGGACCUUUUUUUCCGCUGGCUCUUCGAUACCCGCUUUCUGGAUGAGGCCGAUAUCAAGUUCCAGUGCGUUUUCCUGCCGGACAAUGGCGCUUUCUUCGUCAACUACGUGGUCACCUCCAGCCUGAUCGGGACGGCCAUGGAGCUGCUGCGCAUCCCAGGCCUCCUCGUCUACACCGCCCGGCUCUGCUUCGCCAAGUCCGAGCCUGAGCGGCUCCACGUCAAGCGGAGCCAAGCCUACCAGUUCCAGUUUGGACUGGAGUACGCCUGGACCUGCUGCAUCUUCUCUGUCGUUAUGACCUACAGCAUCACCUGCCCCAUCAUCGUCCCCUUCGGGCUGCUCUACAUGCUGCUGAAGCACAUGGUGGACCGCUACAACAUUUACUACGUGUACAUCCCCACCAAGCUCAACCAGCGCCUCCACGUUGCUGCCAUCAGCCAGGUUGUGGUGGCCCCCAUCCUCUGCAUGUUCUGGCUGCUCUUCUUCUCCGUCCUGCGCCUUGGUCCCACUCGCCCUGUCACCCUCUUCACCUUUGUGGUCCUCCUUGCCUGCAUCGUCUUCUCUUUCCUUGGCCUCUGUCUGAAGAAGCUGCAGCCACGGAAACCCUCUAGCUACCAGAUGUCUGAUCAGUCUGAGGGAGCCUUCAAUGACGUGGAGCGGAGCAGUGUCUCCUCUACCCCUAAUUCCAACCUCUUUGUGGCCACUGUCCUACAGGAGCCUGAGUUGAGUCUGACGCCAGCAGCCUCCCCAGCACACCAGUCCUAUGGCACCAUGGGCAACCACCUGGAGCCAGCAGAGGAUGGAGAGGAUGGAGGGCUGCAGAGCUUUGAGACAGAACUGGAGACAGUGGAGGGCGAGUACAGGAGUGGCCCGGUGAUGGAGAGCCAGGCACGCUACCAGUGAGCAUCCACCAGGGCAAGGACCAGCUGUGCCAAGUGGAGUAUGUGCCAGGGAGUAGGAAGGAGCCUUCCCAGUACUGGUGGGGGCCACCUUGCUGACGGGGCUUGGGGACACCAGGAUUGAUGUGAAGGAGAGACCUCAUUGUGUGUGAAGUGGCAGGAGGCUCUGCUGGUCCCUCCCGCUGCCUGGACUGGCUCAGUCCCCAUGUUGCCCCUGUACCCACCUACCUUUUCCAGCUCAUCUUGGGGAAGAGAGGGUGCAGUGAUGUGGGGAGAGGAUCUCUCUGAAAGGCAAUGCUUUUGUGGGCAGGAGGGAGGCCCUGGCCCCUCUGUGAGGGGAAUAGCAGCCCAGACAGCUCAGAUGAAUGUGCCCACCCCCGUGCUGUCCUCCAGGUCCUCCGUGGCAUGGGGCAGACACUCCUAAUCCUCGCUUCCCAUCAUGCCCUCCCGCUGCUCGUGGCGGCUGUCCCGCUGCCUCCUCAAAUGCUGGCCUUGCAGCCUCCUGCCCACCCCUGCUGCCACCCCCAAGGCUUUGCCCAAUAAAGCAGGGACUGCUGAGAGGAGUGUGUUUUAUUGAGGGGCUGCUCCCAUCUUUGCCUAAGCACCAGUGGUCCUACCCUGAGGCAGAUGUCAAAACACAAACCAAGCUCUUCCCUGCUCUGCCACUCCGUCCCUCCACUGCUGCAGCAUACCUGUGGCCUUGGGUCCUCAGGGAGGAGCAGAGGGAGAAGGCACAGUUGUUUUAAUGGCUAUAAGGGCAGUUCCUUAUCAUCCCUCUCUCCUGGGUAGCAUCUCCCUUGUGCUCAGGCUCCCUGUGGGGCUGGCUCCAUCCCAUUGCAGGAGAAAUGAGGGGUGGGGAGGUUGGCAGGACCC